AUGGCUCUUUGCACCAACGAUGUCUGUAAUGGAAACAUGCAGACAUGGCGGACUCAUUUGGGUGGUGUGAUGCGUCUUUUGACUGCUUUUUUGGAUAGCCAGGGCAAAUUGCGCAUUGACGAUCUUUACAUACAUUGUUUGGUGAAGUGGUUCACAACAAUGGAAGUUCUGGCUGGAUUGUCGGGUCUAAGUGAUUUUGGGGUUCUCGGCUCUGAAAACGGGCUACUGGACAGGACCUUUGAUCAGUUGGAUGUGCAUAUCGAUGAUAUAUGUGGAUAUUCCCUUAGACUAGUCCCGCUUCUUGGACGACUAUCCCAACUGGUGCAGACCCAGCACCGAAAUGGAUAUGAACUACAAGACGAUGUGAUUGCUAAGUCACACAUGCUUGAGCUAGAGAUCCUUUCUCUUGUUGAUUGUAGUGUUCCUGACAAUGGACACCACCUUGAGCUGCAAAGUACACAUCUGGCCUUCGUGCACUCUGCUCUUUUACAUCUCCACCGCCGAGUCCAAAAUUUUCCGAAAAAUCAUGAUAUUGUCAAAACAGACCUUUUUAACAUCGUCAACGCGGUCAAAAAAAUCGCGCCAUCUUCACCUGCGAACAUCUUGAUACUAUGGCCCGUUUUCAGUGCUGGCUGUGAAACUGGCGAUAUCGAGGAACGCGAGUUCAUCAACAACCGAAUGGGCGACAUGCAAAGUUACGGCAUGGGCAACUUCACAAGAGCCCGAGAGCUUCUUAGCACCUUCUGGGUAUCUGAGACUCCACUGCCUUGGGACAGGUAUUUCGCAAAUCUGGGAUUGGAAUUGGUUCUAUUUUAG